CGCCGGGCAGUGUCCCGGGCACUCACGCUCCCCGCGGAGCGACGUCGGCCGGGUCAGGUCAGGUCAGGGCAGCAGCAGAGGCCCAGACAGGUCACAGGGAGGUCAUAGGGAGGUCAACAAGAGGCUAGCGGACGACCAGGUGAAGUUCAGUCGAAGUCAGCGGAGGUAGAAGUCAGGUCGAGAGGUCAUCUGAGUGUCUGCAGAAGGUCAGCGGCCGCAAAAACCGACUACGUCACCAUGGUGUGGUUACAGAAGCGAAGCAGCCCAGCACCGACCGAGGAGGAGCCAUGCCUGCUGCACGAGAACCACCAGUACUACGGAGCGCUGACGGACGGCCCGACGGACGUGCUCAUGAUGCCGAAAGGCUGGGGCGCGCGCCACACGCUGGCCCUGUUCGGCUGCCUGGGCCUAUUCGUGUCGUACGCGCUGCGGGUCAACAUGUCGAUGGCAAUCGUGGCCAUGGUGAACGGCACGGCGCUGGCUCUGACGGCGACCUACAACAGCACCCCCACCGGCGACGACGACUUCUGCCCGGGCAACCGCAGCUGGCAGCUGGGACCCGAGCUGCCUGAGGACGGCCCGUUCGUCUGGAGCGAGCUGACCCAAGGCGUGAUCCUGAGCGCCUACUUCGCCGGCUACACGGUGUCCCAGGUGCCCGGUGGUCGGCUGGCCGAGCGGGUCGGCGCCGUGCGCACCCUGGCCGGCGGCAUCGGCGCCACCGGCCUGCUGACCCUGCUGACGCCCGUCUGCGCCCUCUACAGCCUCCACGCGCUGGUGGCCGUCCGGGCUCUGCAGGGACUCGCCAGUGGCGUGGUCACUCCGGCCGUGCACUGUCUGCUCGCCCGCUGGGUGCCGCCGCUGGAGCGGAGCCGGAUCAGUACAUUCGUCUACGUCGGCAAGCAGCUGGGCACGGCCGUGACGAUCCUGGUGGCGGGCCCGCUGGCCAGCUGGAGCUGGGGCGGCGGCUGGCAGGCCAUCUUCUACGUGACAGGAGGCCUCAGCCUGGUCUGGUGUGUGCUCUGGCUACUGCUGGUGCACGAGAGGCCCGCCGACCACCCCCGCAUCACCUUCAGAGAGCGCGUCUACAUCUACACCCUCACCAGGCAGAGUGCGGAAGAGACACAGCCCUUGGACUUCCCGUGGAAGCAAGCUCUCCUGUCACGACCGUUCCAAGCUCUGGUCGUGGUCCACUUCUGCGAGAACUGGGGCGACUACCUCAUCAUGACGGAGCUGCCGACGUACAUCAGCACAGCGCUGCGCUACCCACUCAACACUAACGCCAUGUUCUCGGCGCUGCCCCAGCUGGCCAAGGUGGCGUUUGCCGUGGGCGUGUCGUUCGUGGCCGACUGGAUGGCGCGCGGUCGGCUCAGCCUGACUGCCAACAGAAAGCUCUGGAACUCGGUCGGCCUGUACAUUCCGGCGCUGGCGCUGGUUGGAGUUUCCUUCGCAGGGUGCCAUGAUGCUCUUGUCCUUUCUCUGAUGGUCGUCACAGUGGGCUUCAACGGCGGCGUUCUGUCAGGCUACAACAUCAACCACAUGGACCUGGCGCCCAACUUUGCCGGCACGCUCAUGGGCCUAACCAACUGCGUGGCCACGCUGGCCGGCGUGCUCGCGCCGUUCCAGGCAGGCUACGUCCUCAACCAGCAGCCCUCCCUGGCCAACUGGCGAACGGUGUUUCUGACGGCGGCCGGUCUCUUCGCCUUCGGCAACACCAUAUUCUGCCUGUUCGGCUCGACCCAGCUGCAGCCCUGGAAUGACCCCCUGCCGACGCCCUGUCUGCUGGUGGAGGAGGACCAGCAGCAGAUCCAGCGCAGGGUCCGGCAGACGGCUGUCCUGUAACCGCAGUGUUCGUGACCCCACACA